AUGAUUCUCGUCGAUAAUUACUACCCGAUGACUACGAAAGGGAAGAAGAGGCCGAAUAGUAGUGGUGGUGAGAGGUUCUUGAUUAGUGUUAACGUAAUUGGCAGCGCCGGACCAAUCAGAUUCGUCGUAAGCAGAAACGAAAAAGCCGAUUCGGUUAUUGAAACGGUGCUGAAGAAGUAUGGUAGAGAAGGGAGGCUCCCAAUUCUUGGCUCUGUUGUCACUUCUUUCUUUCUCUACCCUGCUAAUGCUGCUGGAUUUUAUGCAUUGGAAGGAACGGAAGCGAUAGGGUCGAGAGGGCUGAGGAACUUUGUGUUGUGCAAGAUCAAUAAUAGUAAUAGUAAUAGUAAUAGUAAUGAGUCGUCUUCGUCGAUGACUGUAGGAAAGCAGAGUGGAUGGCGAGCAUGGCUACAAAAGUCUUUGAGCAUCAAAAUUUUGUAUCAUUAA